GGAGAUCCCAACGGGAGGAUUGCAGUGGUGCACCACGCUGUUGUCGGUGUCGCUGCCACACAUGGAGACGGAGGCUGUCGACCUCUGAGCCACCAACGACAACGGGUGCACGUCCUCUGCUGCGAGUCGCGUGCCAUCCUGCGGAUCUGAGACCACCAGUCGCGUCAUGGCGCCGCGGGCGGCGACCAUCAUCCUGCACUCGUCGUCCCCAAUCCGCGAGACCACGACGUUCCCGUGGGCGCCCACUCUGCUGCCUGCCGUCCUACUCCUGCUGACGCUGGCGUGCACCCAGAUGACCGACGCGCAGCAGGGCCUUCCAUUCGGCACGCGCAAGCUGGCCUUCUCGGCGAACCAGUUCGGGCUGGACCUGUACCGGGCGCUGCGAGACGUCGGCACCGAGUCCCGCCUUCUGCAGGCCGAGGGCAACGUAGCCCUGUGUCCCUUCUGCGUCAGCUCGUCGCUGGGCAUGCUCCUGCUGGGAGCCCGCGGCUCGUCGGCUAUGGCGCUGCGCCACGUCCUCUACCUGUGGGGAAUGCAGCAUGUGCACCUCGCAGUGAGAGACCUGUCCUCGCAUCUGGUGUUGAACCUGAGGGACGCCAACCUCCUCAUAUUCAGGAGCCUGUACGUGCAGCGCGACUUCGGCGUCAAGUACCCUUUCCAGCGGUCGCUGUACCACUUCUACAACGCGUCCGUGCACUCGCUCGACUUCGCGGCCAACGCCGAGGAGGCCCGGCAGCACAUCAACGCCGUGGUCGAGAAGGCCAGUCACGCGCAGCUGGCUAACCUGCUGCCGGACACGCCUCCACCGUGGACCCAACUGCUGCUCUUGUCCGGCCUGCACCUGGACUCGCAUAUCGAGCUAGACCUCGUACCCGCAGAAGGGGUACGCUGGAGGGCGCAGCCACUCCUCAACGCGGCAUCCCCGACCCUACUGCAACUCGGCAGACGGGUCAGCGCUGACUCCGCCUCUUUGGAAGACACCACCGCGGCGGCCGCAGAGACGAUCGAGUCGUUGGGUGGCAACCCUGCGAUGCUGGAGGCCCGCUGGACUCGGGUCCGGUACGCGCGCCAUGACUAUCUCAACUGCACGGCGGUUGAGGUUCCGCUGGCCGGAGGCGGUCUCAUCUCCCUUCUCACGCUCACGCCCAAUGAGCACGACGACAUGGGUCUGCUCGAGACACGCCUCAGCGCCCAGAGGAUCAGCGACAUCCUCGCCAACAUGCAAGUGCGCAGGGCAAACCUCAAGUUGCCCCGCAUCAAGAUCGAGCACAGCCACGAGAAUCUGACCGACUCCCUGGCACAGAUGGGCCUCGCCUCGCUGUUCGGGCCCGGCAGGGCUCAGCUCUUCGACAUGAGCGACGUGCCGUGGCUGCACGUCACCAACGUGGUGCACAAGACGUCCAUCGACAUCAAGGGGCCUCGUGUCGCCGCCGCCGCCGGUGGUGGGCACGCAGCGCCACCGCCGCCGAACCCGAGCAGCCGGCGCCGCGAACCGGCGUUUGUCGGCCCCUCCGAAGAGACCAUCGACGUAGUGCUCGACAGGCCGUUCCUUUACUUCGUUGUGGACAACGUUAGCGGACUGGUCAUAGCCAUGGGCAAAGUGCUGAACCCGUAAACCAUUAGCCCGUACGUGUGCGUCUACGCAAAGCUCGUACGUAAGUGUGCAUAGCGCCCAUAGGCGUGCGCAGGGGGGACGA